AUGCAGCCAGGACAAGCACCACCACAGCCUACAUCAGGGCGAAAUCAGAUCCGGGCUCCCGGCAGCUUCUCACCUCUGCCGGGAGCUACGAGCCCUUCCGUCGACUCCGUACGACAGCAACCACAUGCAGCGCCGCCGAACAGACCGCCGCCUCUUCGAAUCGACUCUUCUGGAAGUGACGAUAGCUUCGAAGCCCCUUCCCUAUCCGUAGCGAAAUCGCGACAGAGACCAGAGUCGCCAGCGACACCCAUAUACAACCAGUUCUCUACAGCGCAUUCCAACUCCAGCAGCUCCAACGUACAUCAAAACUAUUCACGACCGGGGGGAGGCUCCAGCCGCCUGGCAGCCCCAGGGCUGUCCUCACCUGUGCUGAAGAACCACUCGAGGAAGCACUCUGCCACACAAGGCUACUUUGAUUCCUCCAUGCCCUCGACGGCCACAUCUAACCUCUCACACAUGAGCAUGAGUACCGCUGCCGGACAAGCGGCGGCGGCUGCUGCUGCUGCGGCGGCGUCGAAUGGAUCCUUAUCAGCAAGUCAAAUUGCUGCCCAGGCAGCCGUCAUGUCCCACCAGAAUACUUCUCAUAUUCGCCAACGAUCACAGACGGUACCAUUUCCCGGCGAGGGAGCGGAUGGUGUGCGACGCGGCAGCGGACCCAAGGUUCCGCUGAGCCCGCCUACACUGAGUCUCACCGAGGCGAGUGCGCCUCGAGAUUCUGCCUUUGGAGGCCAUAUCGGCAAUUACUAUGACAAAGUUGCGGGAACUCACUCCUCAGCUGCUACCGCAGCCGCCAACGUCGUGUUUCCACGAUCAGGCCACAACUCUCCCCGGGAAAAGUCGAUAUCUCCUCAGCCUUUCCCACCUGUUCCUCCGUUGCCUGCUAACGUUCCUGAAAAAUCAAAGACGGAAAAGUCGAAGCACAAGUUAUUUUCACGAGCAGGAAAGAGCAGCAGCAGCAAAGGGGAGCCCAAAGACAAAAAUCUCCAAAGCCCUGGCAAGAUAGGAAGUGCGUUAUCUGCAUUACAACGAGGCAACUUCAGCACCAGUAGUCUCGUGGAUCCCCCAGCCCAAUCCAUCUACAGCCUAAACAACUCUUCCUCUGCUACUAUCAGGCCUAUUGAGAUAUUCUCGGAAGAAAAGGUCAAGGAGAAGGAGAAGAAGCAUCAUUUUCUAUCUCGACAAAAGCAGAAGCUUAAAGACGAAUAUCACUUGCCCCUUUCUUCAGCGGCGAGUAAUUCCAAGCCAACAGAUCCGAACGCGCCCAGCAGCCUGUACAAUUUUAAUGUUCCCCCAAGUCCUGGACCGGGAACCUCGACCUUUUCCAAAGGCAAGAAGGAUAAGAAGAUCGGCGAAAGAUCUGACAGUCGAUUGGACAAUGAAUCGACAUUCAAUGUAGCUGGUGAUUGGCCGACAGCUCCGGGGUUACCUCCUUUGUCGCAACAAUCGACAUUGUAUGAUGUGGCUGAACCUGGGAAAACCGUCGCACAAAGCAAUUUGGCUUUGGAUGAAGCUUGGCCAUACCUGAAAUCGAAACUCCUCGUGGUUUUUGAGGGCGAAGACCUCCGCCUUCCGGUCGAAGAUUUCAAUCGGGUAGUCCAGACACAUAUCCAGUGGUGUAUUCACAAAAGAUCGCCGAAUGCAAUGUUGGACGACUUGCGAGACUUGCUGAAAACCGGCUUCUCGAUGCUCGAUCGAACACUACGCAUGGCAUCCGAAGACCGAUUCAUCCCAACCGUGGUGGAGCUUUGGAUGUUUACUUUUACGUCUAUUCUGCCAUAUAUACAGUCAGUAUUCCUGCCGCUCGACUUGGAAGUCUCCGGCUGUGGAGUCAUCAUGACUCCUGAACAGGCUCGAGACUUUUGGGGCGGCGUUGUUGCAUCCCCGUCGUCUUCAAAUAGACCCGCAAGGGUUGCACCCGCUGCAAGCGUCUUGGAUGUGAGGAGGCUUGUUCUUACGGCUUACCGCGAUAUCGUCGUACUCCCUCGAUAUGAUACACUAAAGACGAUAUUUUCACGUCUAUCUCUCGAAUUCUUGCCUUCCUCCUUUACGAACAUGGCCCUGACUUCUCCACCCCUUGAACGGAUGCUGUCAACCUCGCCCUCUGAAUCACAGUCAUCCAUGGCUCGUCCGGGAACGGCUAUGUCUGUUGACCCUUCAGUGGGUAGCUACAAUUCUACAAGUACCACCCUGCUCGGCGAAGGCUCGGAACGAGGCCGCAGUCGUGCAGUCAGCAACGUCAGUUUUGGCAGCCAUGGCAGCGACAGCGCAGGCGGUGGCGUUCGCCCGUACACUCCGUCCGGUAUACAUGCUCUCAGCAGUGUGCGUGAGCAGAAUGUGGAAGACUCAAAGCAACUUACGGAUAUGGUGGGUCGAAUGCUGCAGUGCAUGAGUGUGCUAUCUAGUAUUGGAGGUGUGGGCGAUGUUGAUGAUGAGGGUAGUAAGAAGAUUGAGGAGUUGUGCAAGAUGCUCAAGCUAAAUUGGCUGGGGAGAGGGAGGACAGGAAGAAACCGAAGAGGCAUUGUGGGCGGUAGAGUACGACGGGACGAUGCAAGGGAAGAGCUGCGAGUUGCUUGA